GCAGGCACCCAAUGAGACCUCAUACAGCCUCUCAUUAACACUCAGAGAAUCAUUUCUGUGUUGCAUGCACAAAAAAAACACUUGAAAGGCACAUGCACAUCUUGCUUGAUUUCAAUUGACACUGUCUUUUCCAUGGAAAAGGAAGCUGGGCAUUUAGGUGUCUUACCCUCGGUCUUAAAGUGCUAACAGAAGAUUACUGAGGUAAAUGUUGAAAGAGGUUUAGCCACUGUGCUUAGGAAGUGCUCUUAAUUACAUUUCAGCAGAGUGUCCCAUGUGCAGUUGGACGAGAGAUCAUAGUGAUGUCAGGUAAGGGGGGCUUAAGCAGGCAGAUAAAGCCAAGCUAAUAGAGAUAACAUGAAUCUGUAAUUAAAGGUCUUUUUUAGUUAAGACCAGGAGCUGGCACUUGUUGGCCAAGGCAUUUGCGGCAGGACUGAAGACCUCAGAGUGCUGAGAGUUGUGGACUUUCUUGUUGCAGCUUCAGGUCUCAUGCUCGUUUUGGAAUCAUUUUGCUUGUUUGGAAUGAAUGUAUUAAUAUCUUCAUCCUGACUGAGAGUUUGGACAGAUUCCCAUUUCUCUGGCAGACAUUCAGAGACUGAAAAGGAGUGACAUUACGAAAAUAUCUUGUACCUGAGUGAGUGAAGAUAAAGCACAGGAGUGAACAGGAAAGAGGCAGUGUCAUGACCCCACGUGAACAGCUAAGGAAGAUAUCGGCUCUGGGAGAGCAAGGCGCUCUAGAUGAGAAACACUGGUACCGACUGGUCAAUGGAAUGUCUGCUGGAGCAGAGUUACGGCAAAGACAGGAGCUCAUGAUGAGGAACCAGAUGGCCAUGGCUCCACAGAUCUUGGCUCAGGGACAGCAGAGACUGCAGGGUGUUCCUGCACAGUUUGAUCCCCGCUUCAUGGAGAGGGAACUGCUGCCGCCCACUGAAAUGAUAUCAGCUGAUGCUAGACAAAUCCACAUGGGUGCCCACCUCGGCCCACCUCUGCCCCCAAACUCCAAUGUUAUUCCAAGCAGAGGAUUCCCUGGCACAGGUUACGGAUUCCUUCCCACUGAAUCCAUGGAGACGGUUGCUAGACGACAAGAGUUAAUUCACAAACAGAACAUAGCCAGGAUGGAGAUGAAUGCUAUCCUGCACCAAAAAGAACUGGAGAAUGCCCACCAGAAGGGUUUUAUUGGGAUGGAGAAUCCCAUGAUGUACCAGGGCAUCCAACCCAAUCCAAUGGCCUUCAGGGGACGCCAGCGACUCCCAGAUGGUCAUGAUGUAUUCGUCCAUCGCAAUGCCCUUGACGACCUGCACGCCAACAGUCUCCUCAUGUCAAGUCCUUACCCACCGAUCAGCACACUGCAAAGGGAGCGAGGACGCAGGACCGGCAGAAGGACCGCCAAUCAUAAGAGCUCAGACAACAGCAUCACUCUCCCCAAAGGCCAAUCAGAAGAGAAGAACAUCGAGCAGAGUCCAGGAGCUGCCUCAGGGGAGGAGAAGGAAGUUGAAGGGAAAGGUGAAAUGAGCAAUGAGGCCACCACCAGCAAACCACACCAAACCAAAGUAGAAACAGAGCUGUCUUCUGCUUGCAGUAGGAAAGGUUUUAAGGAAGGAGAGCCAGGGAUUCGCAAGGCAUGUAUUAGUGGACAGGAGGGAUGUGCAGAAGUCACCAACUGCAAUGCUAGCACCAGUGACAAAGACAUAUCCAACCCUUGCUCGGCUUUCCAAGAAAAGUUUCUGUACCCGUCUGCCGCUGGCCCUCUCACAGGGAUGCCCUACAUGCUCCCUGUGCCAGGAAAUGGACUUGUACCACUUGGACAUCCUAAUAUGUUUCUUAACGGAGAAGAGAUGACUUCAUUAGAAGAUAUUCGCAAGUGGUCAGUUGAUGACGUCUACAACUUCAUCAGUGAAAUACCAAGUUGCGCUGAAUAUGCACAGACAUUCAAAGACCACAUGAUUGAUGGAGAGACGUUACCUCUUCUUACAGAGGACCACCUCCUGGAUACUCUCGGUCUAAAGCUCGGGCCAGCACUUAAGAUACGAUCACAGUUGUCCCGACGGCUGGGUAACAUGUUCUACAACAUGAUGAACUUGCCUUUGCCUGUCUCCGGUCUGCAGCCUCCGCCUGAGAAAAGCGGUGACAGAUCAUCUGACAUCAGCUCUCCUCUCAACUGCAACAGUGUGGAGCUGCUCAGCAGCCCCAGAGACACAGAGGCUCUUAAAUCCACAGAGCCUGUAAGUGAAGCUGAUCAUCCUUCACCAAGCCAGAUGAGUGAGAGCACCUGAAACAGCAUGCAGAACUGUUGGACCUCUUUUUUACCUCAGAAUCUCUUACUGUUUUGACACCUAAUGCAUAAGGUAGACUGGCACUGACAUUUCUAUAGUGAAUAUACUGGUCAUAUAUUUCAUAUAUUAAGUAUUCUUCACAAAUAUAUUAUGAUCCGUGUUAUGCAAUAGGUUCAGAAUGUGGUCUCUAACAGAUUUAGAUUUUUGAAUGCAGGAUUUUUCUAUAUAUGUAUAUUUUGUAAUAUGUUAGCAAAUCAAGUACAAAUAAGUUUUUGUCCUUAUCAUUGCAGCCUUUUCUAUUGUAAAAUUUUAUUUUGGUUUUUACUUUAAACUUGACUUAUUC